CCGUUUAUCGACUACUGGCCACUACCAAACCGAAAGCUUUACCUUCUGAAACCGAAAGCUUUCGCACUAGUGCCCUUGGCAUAAAAUCAACAUUGACUUACUUUUAAAAUAUGCAAAGUUCUGCCUUUGUCAAUCUCUUCUGGCUUGGAAAUUGACGUCAAUUUUCUGCUGAGUCGUGUUGCCAUAGUCCGCCAUAUUGAAGUAGUUUGAAUUGCGAACCGACGGGUCAGGUCUUGGUCUUCCAAGUCAGUUGGUGGAUUGUACCUAGAAAUGAGUGCACGAAAAAACGAGGAGAAAGCUGACACUGCACUUCUUCUGGGAAGUUUAUCACGAGGUAAAUCUAACAUUGAAAAUGGUGAAGAAGACCAUAGCACACAGUCAAGUCCACUGGUAAAAGAUGAAGGAGAAAGUAGUUUUAAAUUUGAUGGUCCGAGUCCAAGGAAUUCAACCCCUGCUGUCAAGCUGGAUAAGAAGGACAAAGAUAGAGAUAGGCUGCAGAGUUUGGAAAAAAGGCUCUCUGUGCCAGACAAAUCUCCAUCAUUUCCAAGAAAAACUUCCAAGGAAAGUUUUAAGGCAAUGAAAGAGAGUUAUAGACAAGAACAGAAACGCAGAAUAAAAGAGUUGGCUAGUGCACUGAAAGACCCUUCAGUGAUUAUACUUUCCUCUUGGCUCAAGGUUCGUGGCACUUUGAAAGGCUGGCAGAAAUUUUGGUGUGUUGUUAAACCUGGUAUGCUGCUUAUUUACAAAAGUUCAAAGCAUGGCCAGUGGGUAGGCACUGUUCUAUUGAAUGGCUGUGAGAUUUUACAAAGACCGUCUAAGAAAGAAGGGUUCUGCUUUAAAAUAUAUCAUCCACUUGAGCACUAUAUGUGGGCUACAAGAGGACCUAAGGGAGAGCUGGCUGGCUCGAUUGCUCAACCCAUGCCAAAGGAUCAUCUUAUUUUACGAGCAGACUCUGAAUCUGAUGGACGGUGCUGGUUAGAUGCUUUAGAAGUUGCUCAGAAUCAGGGAUACAGCAUUCAAAAAGACAACAAAGGAAUGUUAAGUGAGCUGUAUGGUAAAGAUGACAAGGAAGACAGAGAGGAUGACAGUGGAAUACCAGCUGUUCAAGAUCAAGAUGAUGACAGCAAUGAUGGAAUGGAAAAAUCUGACUCAGAUAAUGAAUUAGAUGACACCAUAGGACCUCUUGGAAGAGAUGGCGGAGAAGAGAUAGAAGAAGGUCCUGUUGAAGAAACAGUUUAUGUUGAAGAGAAAGGGGAGGAAUAUCUUGGACAGGCUGGUGAGGCACUAGAGGAGAUUGAAGAUGAAAACAAAAGUAUUCUGUGGGCUCUUUUGAAACAGGUAAAGCCAGGCAUGGAUCUUUCAAGGGUGACUUUACCAACCUUUAUUCUGGAACCAAGAUCAUUUUUAGACAAGCUUUCAGACUUCUAUUUCCAUAGUGACAUUUUGUCAAGAGCUGCAAGAGAGGAGGAUGCCUACAGCAGAAUGAAGGAGGUAGUCAGGUGGUAUUUGUCAGGAUUUUACAAGAAACCCAAGGGUUUGAAGAAACCUUACAAUCCUAUCCUUGGUGAGACAUUUCGCUGUUACUGGGGUAAUCCUAAUGGUACAAAGACAUACUUUGUAGCAGAACAAGUUUCUCACCAUCCUCCAGUGUCAGCAUUCUAUGUGUCUAAUAGAAAAGAGGGAUAUGUAGUCAACUGCUCCUGCCUGGCCAAGUCCAAGUUUUAUGGGAAUUCAUCCUCUGCCAUUUUGGAUGGGACUGCUACUUUGACUUUGCUGAGGUUUGGAGAGGAAUAUGUCAUGAGUAUACCAUAUGCUCAUUGUAAAGGUAUUUUAAUUGGCACGCUAACAAUGGAGUUAGGAGGAGUUGUUACCAUAAACUGCGAGAAGACUGGGUACAAGGCUGAAAUUGAAUUCAAACUUAAGCCAUUCUGGAAGAAAAGUGGGGAAUCAAAUUAUAUUGCUGGUAAGAUUAAAAUGGGAAAGGAAACACUGUGCAGAAUAGAAGGAAAGUGGGAUGGUGAGAUUCUUAUCACAGACCUUAAAUCUCCAAUUCCUGCAGGGGAGGUAGAACCUCUUCCUGAGCUGUUUUGGGACCCAACUCCUGAAAUCCGAGAGCAGAGACUUCCCAGACAUUUGGUGGAGUACAAUGCCCAAGGAGAAUUUGAAUCAGAGAAGCUCUGGAUAAAUGUUAGCGAUGCUAUUAAAGUGAAUGAUCAGGAAAAAGCAACAAAUGAGAAGUUCAUUCUUGAGGAGGCACAGCGGAAAGGUCACCGUGAGAGAAGAGAAAAUGGAGUGGAAUGGAUUCCUAAACUGUUUGAGCGAGAUCCAGCUGCUCCAAAUGCUAUCAACCGAUGGCUAUACAAGUACAGAGAUAUAAGACCGUGGGAUCCAAUGACAGACCUGAAAGAAUACGAAAAUGAUGGAAUUGUCAAAACACAGUACUGCCUCAAAGCACCCAUGGUACGAACAACCAGCUUACUCAGCAUCCAACCAGAAAAUAAGAAGCCAAUUUCAAAACGAAAGGGGCCUUCAUCUGGUCGAUCAAGAGGUAACAGCCAAGCAAAGGGUUCACGACGUAGUUCCAUUGACCACUCAGGAGCAUCAACACCUGAUCCUGAAGCUGAACAUUCCAGCAGCAUUGAGGAAGAUGAUGAUGAUUCAAGUGUUAAGGAAGGCAUUGACCUUGCAGCUCUAGAGAAAGCUUUCCAACCUCUCAAAGAUCUACAGAAGGAGUGUGUUCAACAAAUGAGAGCAAUUAGAAGUGAUUUGCGUCGCCAUUACUCCUCUCAUCAGGAUGAUCUUGCUACUCUUCAGUUCAAAGACUGGCUCUUACUGUUGAUGUUCAUUAUAGCUCAAGGAUUUUUCCAUUGGUAUUAUAGUAGAUGAUCAUGGAUGGCUGC